UCGCGAAAACAAACUGCGAUUCAAAAUAGCCGUCGGCGGCGACGGCGUUCCCAGAGGCAAGACGCGCGUCAAGGACGCUGCACGCCGAGGGAGUCAAAUCUCGGAGCUCUAGAGAACAUGUCUGGUCCGUACCUUUACUCGGAUCUUCCACCACCUCGGUCAUCGCGCCGUGGGGACGCCCGUCCGCGCGCCAGAUCCGGGGUGCCGCCUUUUUUUUCUCGCGCGCGAACGAUCGCUGACCUCUGCUCCGCCCCACCCUCACCAAACCGACAGAAGAGGACAAGCGCGACGAUUCCUCCGACGAGGAGGAGGAGAAGAACGCGCCGCAGAUCGAGGAGGAGGACUCCGACGACGAAGACUCCGACGACGAGGAGCCCGUCGCCAAGAAGGCCAAGGUUGAGGGCAAAGACAAGAAGAAGAAAAAGAAGAAGUCCAAGGGAUCGGACGACGACGACAGCGUCAACUCCGACGUCGUCGAGGACCUGUCGGGCGACGAGGUGGACACGUCGAACAUCAUCGAGGGAGGUCGAAGGUCCAGGAAGGGACGGGCCACCGUUUUCACCUACACCGCCACCGAUUUGGCCGAGGACUCCGACGAGGACUAGGUCGCCUCAGACCUGGAGCGCGUUUCAUCAAUUUCUUCACUGCAGCUUUUACACUCACCCCGUCACGGCGACUCGUCCUGACUGAGAGGACCUGGGCAAGUUUCUCCGGUCUCGUGCCUCGCUCGCUCGCGCUCGGCUCGGUCGG